UUAUUGUAACUUGGAUUUGACUUUAAAUUGGAUCAGAAAAGAGUAGCUUCCUCUCAUUGGAUAACCUAUUACCUGUGUUCCACCUAUCUUCCUCACUUUUACUCAACCUACCAGCCAAUAAAAUCUUAUUUUAGGUAAAUAUCGUUAAAUGAGUGGUGAGAUGAGGGGCUGGAAACGGAAAGCACCUUUUUAUGUGGCCGCUGACGACACAAGCUGUGACACACAGAGUUGAGCGCCGUGCGCAGGCAGGAGCCGUGAACAUGUACACCUGAACAGGGAAACGGGGCUCGCAAAUGUCCUCCUAUAAAAACAUACCUGUGGUGCUUAUCUAUACAGUAUUAUUUGCACAGAUUGCGGGGACGUGUUUGCUUAUUUUAAACCUACAUUUAUUCUAGAGCAGACGCGGAAAAGACUCCAAAACGCUGCAGCAAAUGGCAACUUGUGCAGUAACAAAUUACAACAACGUCGUGGAGGCCCAGUCAGAUUCUGACGAUGAGGACAAGCUACACAUAGUGGAGGAGGACCCUGAUGGAGACGGCACGGUGCCAGAAGACACCUCCGCAGUGUUAUCCCAGAAUGGGAUGGAGACGCACCAAGACACCUGGGAUGGAGUGAAGGAUGAGUGUGGCUCAGAAGAGGAGGAUGAGGAGGAGGAUGAGGAGGAGGAAGAGGAGGGGGGUAAGGAUGCUCUGGUAGAGGAGAUGAUCCAGCAGGGAGACACGGCGGUCAUCUACCCCAAGGCUCCGGACGGCAAACAGAAAAGCGCGCCUGAGAGAGGGGUCCCAGAGAAGACCGGCACGCCAGACACCCUCUCCCAGCUCCUGACUUGUCCGUACUGCUCACGGGGCUACAAGCGCUGCACGGCCCUGAAGGACCACAUCAAGCUACGGCACGAGAAGAGCGAGGAUAACUUCAGCUGCUCCCAGUGCAGCUACACCUUCACCUACCGUACACAACUGGACUGUCAUAUGACCCAACACAAGAACCAACACAAGGAUCCUGUACAGCGUCAUGUACCCCAGACCACCACCACAACGAUAACAACAGGGGGGAACAGGAAGUUCAAGUGUACUGAGUGUUCCAAGGCUUUUAAAUAUAAGCACCACCUGAAGGAGCAUCUUCGCAUCCACAGCGGAGAGAAGCCGUACGAGUGCCCAAACUGUAAGAAGAGGUUUUCACACUCAGGGUCCUACAGUUCUCACAUCAGCAGUAAGAAGUGUGUUGGCAUGGUGCCUGUCAACGGCAACCCCAGCCCAGUCAUUAAGGUCUCCAACCAGACCCCCAGCCAGACCCAGCCCUCUGGCCCCGCCGCGGCCCCAGUCCGAGUGCUCCUCCUGGGGGAGAAGACAGACAGCAAGCCCCUGCAGGAGCAGCUCCCCCACACUCAGAUCAAAUCUGAGCCUGUGGACUAUGAGUUCAAGCCGGUGGUGAUGGCGCCUAACGGGGCGACGGGGACUAAUGGGACGGUGUUUAACGGUGGCGUGACGCUACCCCAGGGCACAGCAUUGCCUCAGGGCAUGGUCCAGGCAGUGGUACUGCCUACCAUGGGUCUGAUGUCUCCAAUCAGUAUUAACCUCAGCGACCUGCAGAACAUGCUCAAGGUGGCCAUGGAUGGGAACGUGCUGCGUCAGGUGUUGGGGACGGCCAACGGGCUGGUGACCUCCAAGCAGGGGUUUGUGACACAGGCUGGCCAGCAGGUAAUCUCAGCCAUCAGCCUGCCUGGCUUCGUGGACCAGGACGGUACCACCAAGAUCAUCAUUAACUACAGCCUGGAGCCAAGCCCAGCCCAGCAGCCCACCGCCCCUCAGCUCCUCAAGCAAGAGGCUCCCCCUCCCAACACCAACACCGCCAGCGCCACAAACACACAGUCAGCCUCCAAAGUAACAGAGAAACUCCCCCAGGACCUCAACAUCAACGAGACCGAGCCGGCCGACUCGGAGCGCGAGUCAGAGAUGGAGACAGAGACGGAAGCUGAGACACCAAAGGCCCAGACAGGCAAGACAAGGUGUCUACUGUGUGACAACUGUCCUGGUGAUUUGAAUGAACUGCACAUGGUCCAGCAUUGUCAACCUGUCAACGCCCCCCUCGACCCCUCCAUCGCCGCCCUCAUGGCCGAGGCAGGGAUAACACCAGGCCAGCACCCUCUAAAGAAUCUGCUCUCACUCCUCAAGGCCUACUUCGCCUUAAACGCCGAGCCUACCGAGGAAGAGCUGGCCAAGAUCUCUGACAAUGUCAGCCUGCCCGUGGACGUGGUCAAGAAGUGGUUUGAGAAAAUGCGGUCUGGUCAGAUCACGGUUGGACCCCCUGGUUCCUCUCCAGAUGACUCUGGACUUUCAGAUUCCAGCACAGAGACCCAGCUAGACCAAGAGAAGAGCAGGACAGAGAUAGAGGAGCAGCAUGCCUCAGCCCAAACACAGGAGACAUCAUCUUCCCAACCUCCCAACAGUUCCCCUGCCUCGACGUCCCCCUCGGUCUCAGCCUCGGCCCCCUCACCACUAAACCUCUCCUCCAGCGGCCUGGUCAUCGUGAAGACUGAGGUCGACUCUGAACGCGAGGCUCAAGAUCUUCCCCUGGACCUGUCCCUUCCCAAGCAGCCCCAGUCACAGCCCCAGGUCCCCCAUGUCCCACAGGAGCAGCCCCUCAACCUCACCUGCCUGAAGGAGACAGUCCAGGCCCAGCUCCCAGGGCUCCAGGGAACCACCAACACCAUCUACGUCACCUCCUCCCCCCAAACGACCAUCCCCAACCCGGUGAACAUAAUGACCACCCGGCUAGUAGCCAUCACCAACCAGGGCAGCGGUGUGCCCUGCCUCAGGGCCAUCUCCACCGGCACCACCAAACGGACCAUCCUCAUCCCCCAGCUCACAUACACAUACACCACUACAGCAUGCAGCGGGGCCACUGGGGCCGACGGAGCCCAGAAGACCGUCAGAAUCAACGGCUGCCAGGAGGAGAAGUCUGCCACCAGCUCAGAGGUUGUGUCGACGGUAGAGGAGCAGGAUAACUCAGACUCUUCCCCUCCGCAGAAGAAGAUGCGUCGACUGCAGAGCGGGAUGUACUCCUGUGACCUGUGUGACAAGAUCUUCCAAAAGAGCAGCUCCCUGCUCAGGCAUAAAUACGAACACACAGGAAAACGGCCACAUGAGUGCGGCAUCUGCGACAAAGCCUUCAAACACAAGCACCACUUGAUAGAACACACGCGACUGCACUCCGGAGAGAAGCCCUACCGCUGUGACAAGUGUGGCAAGUGUUUCUCCCACUCUGGCUCCUACAGCCAGCACAUGAACCACCGAUACUCCUACUGCAAGAAGGAGCCCCGGGGAGGGCGGCAGGGGGGACGCCAGCUCGGGAUGAGCCCCGAAAUGAGUCCUCAAACAGAAGAGCAGCAGUCAGACAGCCGACCCACCUCCCCACCUUCCCAACUGGACUCAGACGAGAGGGAGAGUGAGGAGGAGCUGGAGGAAGAGGAGGGCAUGGCGGCCAUGAGCAUGGACGACAUACGGGUGGUGCAAGUGGGUGAGGAUGACGAGGAGAGUGAGAUCUACGAGGUGGAGGAGUUUGGGGGGGAGAGGCAAGAGGAGGAGGAAGGGAGCAGAGAGGAAGAGGAGCAGGAGGAAGAGAUCAGAGAGGAAGAGGAGGGGGAGGAAGGGAGCAGAGAGGAAGAGGAGGAGGAGGAGGAGGAAGAGAUCAGAGAGGAAGAGGAGAGGGAGGAAGGGAGCAGAGAGGAAGAGAAGGGGGAGGAAGGGAGCAGAGGGGAAGAGGUGGAGAAGGAAGUGAGCAGAGAGGAAGAGGAGCAGAAGGAUGAGAGUAGAGAGGAAGAGGAGGGAGUACAGCAGAAGCAGGUGUGUGAAGAAGAGCAGAAAGAGGAAGGGAGGAGAGAGGAGGCACACCAGGAGGAGGUGGAAGAGGAAGGGAGGAGAGAGGAGGAGGCACACCAGGAGGAGGAAGAGGAAGGGAGGAGAGAGGAGGAGGCGCACCAGGAGGAGGAAGAGGAAGGGAGUAGAGAGGAGGAGGCGCACCAGGAGGAGGAAGAGGAAGGGAGGAGAGAGGAGGAGGCACACCAGGAGGAGGAAGAGGAAGGGAGGAGAGAGGAGGAGGCACACCAGGAGGAGGAAGAGGAAGGGAGUAGAGAGGAGGAGGCGCACCAGGAGGAGGAAGAGGAAGGGAGGAGAGAGGAGGAGGCACACCAGGAGGAGGAAGAGGAAGGGAGUAGAGAGGAGGAGGCACAGGAGGAAGAGGAAGGGAGGAGAGAGGAGGAGACACAGGAGGAAGAGGAAGGGAGGAGAGAGGAGGAGACACACCAGGAGGAGGAAGAGGAAGGGAGUAGAGAGGAGGAGGCACACCAGGAGGAGGAAGAGGAAGGGAGGAGAGAGGAAGAGGAGGUUAGUAAAGAGGAGUCUCUACAGCAGGAGGAUGUGUGUGAGGAAGAGGAGGUGAUGGAGGUACAGGUGAUGGGAGGUGUAGAGGAGGAAAAGGAGGAGGAAGGAGUGGCAGAGAAGGACAUCUUUGUAACAGAGGAAGCUAUGGAAACGGAGGACAAAGAACCGCAUGUGGACAAGGAGGACAUCCCGGCGGAGGGGUUAGAAACCGGACAGAAAGAAACAGAGGAAGGCAAGAUGAACGGUGAAUGAAUAAAAUACAUUCCCUGACAAAAAAAAAUGGAAAUCCUAGGUGUCAAGUAGCAGGAGAGGAAAAUCUUGUGUUGUGGUCAAAAGAAGAGAUAAAACAACCAUGGUGCCGUGUUGGUGCUGUGUGUCGGUCCUCUACUGUGUUGACCCCAGGUGUGCCUGAGAUAGACUACAAAGAAGGGACUUUUUCUCCUGUUAAAAAAAAUCGGUGUUACCUUGUUUAUAGACGUAUUAUACUUUUCUUUUUUUUACGUUACAGCUGACCUUUCAAUUAUUUUGUUACUGAGAGUGAGACAUCUGAUCCCAGGUCAUUUCUGUUUGUCAGUGUUAUUUUUGACUCAUUUUGCCACUCUUGUUUUAACCUUUUAAUCUGUACAGUUGAAGAAACAUUUCUAUACAUUUUUAUUGCCAAUGAUGAUGUUUGCUAAAAUCAGUAUUUUAUUGAGUUGUAAAAAAAACAAACACAAAACAACUGCACUACAGUAAUCCUGGUUUACCCAUGGAUACGCCAUGCCUCAUGAUGUGUUGUCCACCCUUCAGUAUUAUUCUGUUCACACUAGCUGUACAUCCUCUUCGUUAGCUGACGCUAGCAUAGCAUUUUGUUUUCAGUUGGUUUGUUAACAUUAAGAAGAAAAGAGGAUUCUGGGGGUAUGGGUGGGAGGGGUUAGCCUGGUAUGGGUGGGAGGGGUUAGCCUGAGUGCCAGUAUGUUAGUGCUAUCAUGCCAACUCCUCAUUAUUCACUGCCAUGUUUGGCUUGACAAGGACAGCAAUGGAAUUGGCAAGAGUACAAACAGAUCUGGGACCAGGCUAUGUGGGGGUGGGGGGUGGGGGGGGGGGGGUUGAUGUGAUAUCUGUCUGACAUCAUAACCAAACUGUCCUAUCAGGGAAAAGUAGUGUGACAACCUCAAAGCCAGCAUUCUUAACCAUGCUUGUCCUUGUUUGUGUCCCAAUAAUCUCUCCUUCCUCUUGAGGGGGGAACCUGUUCACUGAUCCCCAUAAAUCUAAAAGCAUUGGAUUGGUGGAGACCUGGGCUAGCUAGAUUAUAGCAUUUUACACAAUAUUUCUUACACCAGUCAUUUCCUUUCAAAGUCCUUGAAGGGAAGUUAUCAAGUGCACACUUUUAGAGAAAGGAGAGAUUAUUGGGACGUAACCCUAGUUAUCAGUUGGUUUGGUUAGUUUUUAAAUCAGUGACCAUCAGUGUCGUAGGGUCAUAUGAAGUAGGAGGGGUGUAGAUAUGUGCUCUACCCCGCCCCAAUAUCUCCAGCCUUAUGCAAGACCAGACCUGUGUGCUGUAAGUGCCAUUGAACAGUGUUCUUUGUACCCCAACGGAUGUAGUCAGUAUGUAUUUUCAAGGCCCAUAUUGAUUCACGUUUGUUUACUUGGUUGGACUCAUUUUCACUAGUUCAGUUGGGUUUCGUCCCAAAUGGCACACUUCAGUAUUCCCUUUAUAGUGCACUAUAGGGCUCUGGUUAAAAGUAGUACAGUAGGGAAUACAAGACGAUAGCAUGAAAAGGACUCCUUCGUGUGUGCGUGAACAAAGAUGAACAGAGAGAGAAUAGGACGAAUAUCAAAAAGGUUUUUACAGGAUUUAAGGGGAUAUUCCUGUGUUGGAGCAUCAGACAUUAUUAGAUGAGUGCACUUGUUUUACAAAAUGGUGGCAAGCUAACCCGCACUUCAGGUAACAAACAUUAGUGAAUGUGAUCCCUGUGUUUUAUGAAGUGUUUCAGUUGAUUUGACCUUUACAGUGUUACAGAAUUAUUUUCUUUUUAGUUUUUAGUUUUUUAUAUGUGUGUGUCCUGUGUAUGUUUUCAACAAUGGCAGUAUUAGAAACCUUUUCCAUGAGGAAAGCGUACCUGUUUAGUUUUUAGAGGACUUUUUAUAUUUACGUGUCUUAUUUUUCUAUUUCUUUAUGCUUAUUUAUUACACACAUUGUAGUGUACAAUAGUGUAGUGUGAAUUGAUACAAUAAUAUAUUUUAGUAUGAAAAAUGAUUUGAAGGUCAUUGAAUCCAGAGUAGGAAGUGGCGCUCUGGGGGCUAUGAAGUUUGUUUUGAAAAAGUAUUAACAUGAAAAGAAGAAAUAAACGAAGAGAGAAACGGAAAGCGUUUCAUCCAUCAGGCUCGCUGGUUAGACUGACCUGUUCUUACUGUGAUAUGAAGCUACUGAAAACGAACUGUGUGACUAAAACGCAUGAGUCCUUGCUGUUGUAAUGAAGGAUUGAUCUCGUUAUGAAGAUGUACGGAACUCCUAUUUCUUUUUUCAAAGCCAAAAUUAGAUUCUCAUACCCUUUGUCGUUCUGUUUUGUGCCAAUUUGUUACGUUGUACUGUUAUAUGUCAGAUGCUACAAUUUGUUUUAUACAUUUCCUGUUUAAUCUGUUUGUUUUUAUAGUUGUUUUAUUUUAAUUUGUUUUGCUCCAUUUUUUUAUGACUUCCCAUCACAAUAAAAUACAAGAAAGCAUUUCUGAGAUGGGGUGAACUUCAUUUCUUUUUUUUUUUCAUGUAAAUAUAAAACGGUUAAAUUCC